CAACAUACAACAACACAUUUGUGCAAAUAGCUGACACAAUGUUUUCUAAUGAAGUAAAAUGGGUCAGAAUGUUUGAUAUACCAGACAUUACCAUGCACAAAAAGGGGUUUACAAUCUACAAAGUCAUAUCAAUGUUGUACCCUGAAAGUUGCCCAAGUGCUGUUACAAAAGUCACAGUGUGGAAGAGAUUCAAUGACUUUAAAUCACUGCAUAAAGACAUCAAGGCUCUACACAAAUCUCUAAAGAUUAAAGACCAAGUGCCCAACUUGCCAACAUCAACAUAUUUUAAAAGGUUUGAUGAUGAUGUUAUACAACACAGAAAAGGCCUCAUUCUUGGAUUAUUAGAAUAUAUUUCACUACAUUCACAGUUAUUUACUAGUAAUAUGUUUGUUAAGUUUUUUGAGACUAGUCACACACCUGAAGGAGAUAUAACAGGGGAUUCUGAUGAUGAUUGUACAAUAAGUGAUGAUACAGACUCAUUAUCAACUGUGAGCAGUUCAAUGAUUCAGUUGACUGAUGAUUCAACUAAAGUGGAUGAAUAUCCAAUCAAAUUUCAACUGUUUAUCGGCGACUUGCAGUUGUACAGCUGUGAAUUAUUUGGGAAUUCAUUAGGCAGCGAACUCAUUGAGUCCGAGUACAUUUGUCAUGCUGAUCGGUUUUUUGAACUCGCGACUGAGAUCGAAAACUUGCACAAAGAGUUUAAAAUUGCAUGGAAACACUACAUGCAAGGCAUUUACGUCUUGUUAAAAUAUGGCAAAGAGGAUAAGAUAACCGAACGCAAGUUUAUGGCUAAAUUUAAACUAGAGAAAUAUUUUAUUCGCGUCGAAAAACUGUUUUAUUUAAACUUACAUGAAGAUAUCAAAAGUUUCAUUGUGAACCAAUACGGUGAGCCGUUCGCGAAUGUCGCGCUUUCCGACUUGAACAAUUUACAUUUUGAGCAGCUAUUUGAUCUGCAAAAGUUCGAGCCGAUGAAUCAGCACUUCGACGAGAAUGAUUUGAUAUUGCGCGCUGAAAUUGGACCAAUAUCGUUGAUCAAUUACGCGAUUUCAGCGGCGGCACUGCGUAAUUCACGCUACGAUUCCGAGGAUUUUGUGCUCGUUGCGAACAAGUACGAGAACGAACAGAACUACGCGGCGGCGUACAUUAACUACAAGAUGGCCUUCAUGGACGUGCAUAAGCACAUGAAGAAUGAAAGUAAGGAUCUUACCUAUUUACUGCGAAAUGAAAAAUAUGUUUAUCGCGGCGACGAGUUGCUCACUGCAACUGAUAAGGAGAAUGCUUCGAAUCCCUCUCGAAAAACAAAACAAUCCGAAUUAUACAAUUAUAAAGUAACUGGUCUGAUUAAUAAUGAUACGAUGAUUGUACUGAAUGUUGAAACGGAUCAAAAGUAUGUAGUGAAAGUUCUACAGAAAACGGUCGGCUUCUCGAAUGAUUGUAUGAUAUUUCCUAAACAUGUGCCUUAUAUGACAAAAUUGCAACGAUGGCAUUAUACAGAUGAUGCAAUUUUUUUAUUGUUUAACUACACAAGUGCAACUAACCUGACAGAAUAUUUAUUACAAUAUACAAAUUCCACUGAUUUAAAUUGUGAUACAAGUACAGAUACCAAUGUUAAUACCAAAGAGUUAAUAGACCAUAAAUUUCUACAAAGUCAACGAUCGAUAUCGGAUGAUUUCGAGUUUGUUGACAUGCCCUCGUCAAGCGGCCUCGAAGAAUCUGACGAGUUUGAUGAUUGUUGUUAUGACCAGAGCCGUUGUGUUCCCAUGGAUAAAAUUCGAAAAUGGGCGGCUCAAAUUGUUCUUGCCAUUGAACGACUACACAAGUGUGGUGUCAUUUGCUGUGAUUUGAAACUGGACGACCUGAAAGUUGACGAUAAUGAUAAUAUAUUAAUGGAUUAUAAAUGUAAGAUAGCAGAAAAACGUGUUUACACUUAUAGAGAAUCUAAUUUGAUGGCACCGGAAGUUUACACAUUUGAAAUGCUCACGCCCGCUGCAGAUUGGUGGACGUUGGGUGUUGUUUUAUUUGAAUUACUUGUAGGAACGCCUUUGAGUUCAAUAAAUCCAGACGGGUAUUACAUUUAUCCGAAUGUGAGACUGCCUAAACACCUGCCGCAGGAUGCAAAAUCUCUCAUCAAGCAGCUACUCAUCUAUGAGCCGAAUAUUCGUCUGGGUUCAGGUGGAUCCGAACAGGUAAAAUCGCACCCCUACUUUAAUCCUAUCAGAUGGGAGUCAUUAUAACUGAUACUUAUAUACUCCACAAAUUAUUUUACACGUUUGCACAUUCCUGAUCUAUGUAUUUAUCUAAAUUAGAUAUUAAUAUGUUAUAAUUGGUAGUUGUUGUCUUUACGUUUUGCAACAGUAUCGAUUUGUUUGCUCAGUAUUUGUUAUGUCACAUACAUUUAGUAUUAAUAAAGCAUUCCAACAAGAAAA